AUGGUCUCUGCUGAUGCCAUUCGGACAGGAGUUGGGAUCUUAGGAAAUGCAAUCGCGCUGGGCUUAUUUCUUUCGCCAGUGACGACCUUCGUCAGGAUAUGGAAGAAGGGAUCGGUGGAGCAGUUCUCGCCGAUCCCCUACGUCGCCACCUUGCUCAACUGCAUGAUGUGGGUGGUGUAUGGACUGCCAAUGGUGCACCCGCACAGCAUGCUGGUGAUCACCAUCAACGGGUCGGGACUCGCCAUAGAGCUCUCCUACGUGCUCCUCUUCCUCGUCUACUCUCACGGAAGCAAGAGGCUGAAGGUGCUCCUGAUGCUGCUCGCCGAGACCGCCUUCGUCGCCGCCGUCGCUCUCCUCGUGCUCACUCUCGCGCACACGCACGAGCGUCGCUCCAUGAUCGUCGGCGUCCUCUGCGUCUUCUUCGGAACCAUGAUGUACGCUGCUCCAUUAUCCGUCAUGAGGUUGGUGAUACAGACCAAGAGCGUGGAGUACAUGCCCCUCUUCCUCUCCCUCGCUUCUUUCUUCAACGGCGUUUGCUGGACUGCCUAUGCUCUCAUCCGUUUCGAUCCAUACAUCACCAUUCCCAAUGGCCUCGGGGUGGUGUUCUCGGUGGCUCAGCUGAUGCUGUACGCGACGUACUACAAGUCGACGCAGAGGCAGAUAGAGGCGGUGAAGAGGAAGACGGAGAUGGGUCUGACCGACGUGGUGGUGGUGAAGGGAGACGCAAACAAGGCGGGGAGUGUUCCUUUCGCCGGCGGCAACCCUGAGAUCCGUGCGAUGUGAUGAUCACAAAAGGCUUCACGUCUUUUUCUGAUAUCGAUGCACAAAGGGAUGUGUGUUUCUUCUUCUCGAUGUUAAUCUGAGCUCGGUCGCCGAACAAACCACAGGGAAAGGCUGUUUCCAUGA